AUGUACUUCACCAAGUACAUGUAUUCCGGAUCCGGCACAGGGUCGGGCUCGGAUUCGGAACAGGAACGACCCAGGUCGGUAAGCAAUGGUUCAGGCAGCGAGAGCGAGCCGGAGGACCGCGACGACGAGGACGACGAGGAGGACGGGCGCGAGGCAGGCAACCCUAGCAACAAGGAGCUGUUUGGAGACGACAGCGAGGAGGAGCACGGCAGCCAGCACAGCGGCAGCGACAACCGCUCCGAGAGGUCGGACAACCAGUCCGAGGGCAGCGUGCGCUCGGAGCAGGAGGACAACGAGCAGCCCAGCGGCUCCGACGGGCACCAGGAGGAAGAGGAGGAGGAAGACGAAGGCGGGCACAGGUCGGAUGUAGGCAGCCCUCAGUCGGAAGCUGGCAGCCAUCGGUCUGAGGGCGGGAGCCCCCGUUCCGAGGCCCCCAGCCCGCACUCGGAGGCGGGCAGCAUCCGCUCGGACGCAGGCAGUGCCCACUCGGAAGCUGCCUCCCCUCGCUCGGACGACGGUGGGAGCCCUCGAUCGGACCCGGGGACCCCCCGGUCUGGACCGGUGACCCCACACUCUGAGGGGGAGGGAUCGGUGAAAGAGGCGCAUUCAGAGGACGAGAAGUGGGACGCACAGGCCAAGAGCGACCAGUCAGACGACGAGGAAAAGCCCCGGCAUACGGAUGAGGAACAUGGGCACUCCGACGAGGAAGCUGAAGAACGGGAGCAUAAAUCAGAAUCUGCAAAAGGCAGCGACAGCGAAGAUGAUUUUGUGAGACAAAAACACAAAAGGACAGCCGCUUCAGAUUCAGACUCGGACAGUGACGCCGGAGAAGAAAAAGGCAAUAAGCCUGCAGCCAGUGACCUCUUUGGGGAAGCAGAUGACAUCUCCUCAGACAGCGACGCAGAGAAGCCUCCUACUCCUGGACAGCCCAUGGACAAUGACGAUGGAAUGGACAAUGAGCAGCAGGAGGAAGAACAAGUGCCAGAAACAAGGAUAGAAGUAGAGAUUCCCAAAGUCAACACAGAUUUGGGAAGUGAUUUGUACUUUGUAAAGCUGCCCAACUUCCUUAGUGUGGAGCCCAGACCCUUUGACUCUCAGUAUUAUGAGGAUGAGUUUGAAGAUGAAGAGAUGUUAGAUGAAGAAGGCAGAACCAGGCUAAAACUAAAGGUUGAAAACACUAUUCGGUGGAGGACCCGGAGAGACGAGGAGGGCAACGAGACCCGUGAAAGUAACGCACGCAUUGUGAAGUGGUCUGAUGGCAGCAUGUCCUUGCACUUGGGGAAUGAAGUGUUUGAUGUCUACAAGGCUCCUCUUCAAGGAGAUCACAACCAUCUCUUCAUCCGACAGGGAACUGGGCUUCAGGGACAGGCUGUGUUCAAGACCAAGCUCACAUUCAGACCCCACUCCACAGACAGUGCCACUCACAGGAAGAUGACUCUGUCUCUAGCAGACAGGUGUUCAAAGACUCAGAAGAUUCGGAUUCUGCCAAUGGCUGGCCGGGACCCAGAGUCUCAGCGCAAUGAAAUGAUCAAGAAAGAGGAGGAAAGGCUGCGUGCGUCGAUUCGCAGGGAGUCUCAGCAGCGCAGGAUGAGGGAGAAGCAGCACCAGCGCGGCCUGAGCGCCAACUACCUGGAGCCAGAUCGCUACGAGGAGGAAGAAGAGGGGGAGGAGUCCAUCAGCCUGGCAGCCAUCAAGAGCAAGUACAAGGGAGGCGGCGGAAUUAGAGAGGAGCGGGCCAGAAUUUAUUCCUCAGACAGCGAUGAGGGCUCGGACGAUGACAAAGCCCAGAGACUCAUGAAGGCCAAGAAACUGGACAGCGAUGACGAGGGAGAGAGUUCUGGGAAGAGGAAAGCUGAUGAUGAUGAAGAAAUGUCCACAAAGAAGGCCAAGAAAUAUGUCAUAAGUGAUGAAGAUGAGGAAGACGAAUAAUUUUGUAACGGUCGCAGUAUUUUGUCAGUUUAGCUAGUUAUUCUAUUUUUAUGAAAAAGGAAUUUUGUUUUUGUACAGAUUGGUUAAAUUAAAAUAAUAAACAGCCUUUCAGUUGUGUGGCAUUAAACACUAUAGUGGAGUUUCUAACUUUCCCCAAGAAAGUAUUAAAGAUAAUGUACCAAAUA